UUUAAAGUUCCUAAUUUUCAACUUAUACAUUAAUAGGUUUUGUCUUAGGCAUGUCUUUGGUUUAUAACUUUUCAUCCUAAUAUUAAUAAAGUAUUAAUAAAUUGAUUAUUUAAAAUAAAUCAUGUGGUGCAAAAAUAUUUUUAAUAGUGACUAUAAUCACAAUUCCAAAAUGAUUAUAACUUUGAUAUUUCUCAAAGUUUUUGUUAUUAGUUACAUUCUACUAAAGUCCACUAGUGAAUUCCCACAUUUCACUUUUUUUCAAUUACGCUAUCAACCUGCUAUAAAAAGUAAUGUAUUAUUAAAGCAAGAUUUUGGGGGUCUUUUAAUAAAGCAAAAUUAUUUACAAAGUAAUUUGUCAUGGCAUGAACGAACUGACAAGUUCGAUCAUCUUGAUAAAAACAUUAUAUAUGCAAAAUUCAAAAUUCAAAAAGUCGUGAAUCGUAAACAUUUUAAUAUUAUAGCCAUAGUAUCAUCAGCUCCUACUAGAUCAGAUAGAAGGAUAGCAAUUCGUGAUACCUGGUGGACUCAAUGCAAUUCAUCUUCUAGGGUAUCUAUUAAGUGCAUGUUUCUUACAGACUGGAAAGAUCCUUACUCUAAACUUGGUAAAAGCCUUUUGUCUGAAGCUGAUACAUAUAAUGAUAUGUAUUUUCAAAACCUGACAGGAGGUCAUGAUUUUGGUAAAAGGUUUCUUUAUCAUAUGGUAUGGUCCAUGCAAAACUUUGACUAUGAUUAUUUUUUACGUCUUGAUGAUGAUUAUUUUGUGUGUAUGGAGCGAUUUCUAUAUGAAGUUCCAAUGCCCCCAAGGAAACUUUAUCAUUGGGGUUGGGUACAUUGUAUCAAAAAUAUAGUGCGUCCUGAAGAAAGUAUUAUUUUAUUAUCACGAGACAUUAUUGAAAUUUUUUUAGGUCAAGAUCCUGAAAAAAUUCUUUGUAAUAGAUGGGCAGAUCAAAUGAUUGGUAUUUGGAACAACAUUCUUAAUCUGCCUAAAUUUUAUCACCACGAUAGACGCUUACAUCAUGAUCCCCCUGCUCGAGAUAUUGAUAGUUUCAGAACUAAGAAAGAUAUUUGCACUGAGUUUAUUGGUGUUCAUGGAUCUUAUCCUAUACAAAUGAGAACUUUAUGGCAGCAUAGGGGUUCCAGUAAUUAUGAAAAAAAUAGUUCUUUAGACAAUUACAGCAAUUUUUGUUGGUUUGAUUCAAUUAUGAACUGGGAAAAUUUUGGACCAGACUGGAGAGUGGAGCCAAAGUUAUGCAAAAUUGAUCCAGAUUGGGGCGGAAAUUUUGGCUCUGCCUACACUGGGCGACAAGGAAAUUAGCUUUGUUUGUGUGUGUUUUACACGAGUGUGUAUAUAUUUUUUAAAUCGUGUUAUUCAAAUGCAAUUUUGUUGUAUUUAUUAUUAAAUUAUCUUUA